AUGACACGUUGUGUGGUUGCCAUUCGGCUUCCUGGCUCGGUGUUGCUCAGUACUAGCACGGACAGACACGUUGAACAGCCCCUGAGGGCACUCUACCUAUCGAGAUGUCUGAAGUUGCCACUGAAGCCGCUGCCGCAGCCCCGGCUGCCUCGCCAGCCAAGACCAAGAAGCCAAGGGCCCCCAAGGGACAGGCAAGCCGAAGAAGCCGUCGACCACCCCCCAGUCAACGACAUGGUUGUUGCUGCCAUCAAAACCUUGAAGGAACGCAACGGAUCGUCCCUGCAGGCCAUCAAGAAGUACAUCGCCGCCAACUACAAAUGCGAUGUCGCCAAGCUUGCCCCAUUCCUCAAGAAGGCCUUGAAGAAUGGCGUCGAGAAGGGCAAGUUCGUCCAAACCAAGGCACCGGCCGCUUCCGGUUCGUUCAAGCUGAAGGCUGAAGCUAAGAAGGCCGCCAGUGAGAAGAAACCGAAGAAGGCCGGCGAGAAGAAGGCCAAGAAGGCUACCGGAGAGAAGAAGAAGGCCACCAAGAAACCAGCUGGGGAGAAGAAGGCCAAGAAGCCAGCCGGCGAGAAGAAAGCCAAGAAGCCGGCUGCAGCCAAGAAAGCCAAAGCUGCUGGUGCCAAGGCUGCCAAAAAGGCCGGUGGUGUGAAGAAGGCUGCUGCUCCGAAGCAGAAGGCCACCAAACCUUCCAAGACCGCCGCCAAGAAGCCCAAGACCCCAAAACCGAAGAAGGCUGCCCCAGCCAAGAAAGCUGCCGCGAAGAAGACCGCUGCCAAGAAGUAAAUUUGGGACAGCAACCGUACUGUUGUAAAACAGUAUCUAACAUCCAAUCAGUCCUUUUCAG